AUGUCUUGUCUUUGGACUAUCAUCUUGCUUAGUUUCAUAUUCCUUAACCUCUCAGAAGCUGAACACCAAAACGAGCUUCAUUCUGCAGUUGUUGUCGGCACUGUCUACUGUGACACGUGCUUCCACCAAGAUUUCUCCAAGGCCAGUCACUUCAUCUCAGGUGCAUCUGUUGCAGUAGAAUGUGAGGUCACAGGUUCAAGGCCGGGUUUUCGACUGGAAGUGAAAACAAAUGAACAUGGAGAAUUCAAGGUUAAUUUACCUUUCUCAGUGAGCAAACAUGUGAAGAAGAUCAAGGGAUGCUCUGUGAAGUUAAUCAGUAGUGGAGAGCCAUUUUGCGCGGUGGCUGCCACCGCAACUUCUUCUUCUUUACAUCUCAAAUCAAGAAAGGAAGGGACGCACAUUUACUCAGCAGGGUUUUUCACAUUCAAGCCAUUGAAACAGCCAGAACUAUGUGAUCAAAAACCAGUAAUCAAGAAUUCAAAAGGAUUGGAUUCUGAAAAGUCCUCAAUUUCAAAUCCUAAUGAUCCUACCUUUGCACCACCAAUUCAAGAUCCCCCGUCUGAUCCACCGGCAUUAGGCCAACUCUUGCCACCAUUGCCGCCUCUGCCCCAGCUUCCCAACCUGCCAUCAGUUCCAGGAAUUCCAAAUUUGCCACCAGCAAUGCCCAGAAAGCAAACAACACCCUUGGACUCUACAGUAGCAUCAGAAUUAGUAGAUAAAAAAGUGACUGAUUUUUUUUUCUUCCCGCCAAAUCCACUUAAUCCACCAUCUAUACUGCCUCCCAACCCCUUGCUGCCACCACCAUCUAUACUUCCUCCCAACCCCUUACUGCCACCGCCAUCCAUACUUCCUCCGAUCCCAUUUCAGCCUCCACCAUCCAUAUUUCCUCCAAUUUUCCCAUCGCCACCUCCUUCAAUAUUGCCUCCAAUUCUCCCUACACCUUCGCCACCAUCUUUCAACCUCCCACCAUUAAUACCAGGUCUAACUCCAUCUCCACCACCACCCUCACCGUCGUUUCCAUUUGUUCCUCUCCCUCCAUUUCCCUUCCUUCCCACACCUGGCUUCCCCGGACCUGGAGUGCCACCGGCUGAUGUUCACUCUCCAUCAAAGACAACCCGUCCUUGA